UGUAAAAUAUUUAAUAAAAUGUCGGUAACUUUACACACGGAUGUUGGUGAUAUUAAACUUGAGCUUUUCUGCGAAGAUUGUCCAAAGGCUUGUGAAAAUUUUUUAGCUCUUUGUGCUAGUGAUUAUUAUAAUGGUUGUGCAUUCAUUCGCAACAUUAAGGGCUUCAUUGUACAGACUGGUGAUCCAACAAACACGGGGAAAAACGGUCACUCCAUAUGGGGUAAUAAAUUCGAAGAUGAAUUUAAGGACAAUCUAAAACACUCUGAUCGCGGCAUGAUAUCCAUGGCAAAUAACGGUCCCAAUGCCAAUGCUAGCCAAUUCUUUAUCACGUAUGCAGCCCAGCCGAAUCUAGAUUUAAAAUAUACUCUAUUUGGACGUGUUAUAGACGGCUUUGAUGCUCUAGACGAAUUAGAAAAAUUGCCCGUUAACCCGAAAACUUAUCGACCUCAUGUGGAAAAGAAAAUUAAUGGUAUAACAAUACAUGCAAAUCCAAUAGCUGGAUAAGUAAAGCAUGGUAAAAAGCGGAAAAUCCUAAAAAAUACAUUUACUUGAAACUUUAUGCAUAUUGGGAAUAUGCAUAUGUUAGUUGUUGUUAUUAAGAAAUAUAAAAAAUACAUAUUUUUGCUAAAAAUUAAAA